GUCUCAUUGUCUGACGAAUCUGUAGUGUGGGGGAAUUCUGUGACUCUAUCAUCACAUGCCUCGCCUGCGUUGUCAUUGGAGAUCAGGGUGUCAUAUGAGCUUGGUCCAAUGCUAGGCGGUGGAGAGGUCAUCGGCGAACUUCAGAUGUCGUGGGAUGGGCUACUCAAUCUUGGAGAUGAGCCAUUUGUUAUUUCCUUCCCACCCGUGCACGGUGUCCACCCUUCCCUCAAGCUGAAGGCUACCAUCGUUCAUAUUUGCGACGAUCAGGACGACGCAUUGUUUGAUCCUCUCGUAGACUGCGAGAUUGCUCGAGACACAGAUGCGGGCCACGCACAAUUUGCCGCAUACAUGAAGAGCAAGACAGUCUCUCACCUGAACAAAGCCGUAGAGCAUUUUCAGUUAGUUCUGGACCAGUGUCCGCCCCAUCCCGAUCAUCCCUUAUCUCUAUACAAUCUCACCCGAGCGCUGAUUUGGCGCCACUACAAGAAAGAUACUGCUGCCGACAUCCAGGAAGCCGCCCAACUCUGUCAUGAACUACUGCCUCUUUGUCCAGAAGGCACCUACCCUCGUAACAUCGCAGCAGGUGUCGAUUGUGUGAUCCGUGGAUGCAACAACCUUCCAAAAGACGGAUCUGAUGAAGGCAUCCAUCUUCGAAGAGUCGUCCUUGGGCUCUGUCCUCUGGGCCACCAACUCUGUCCCAGAGCCCUCGCCAUGCUUGCGCAAGCAGUUGGAGCACGCUUUGAUCAGCACGGCAGCAUCGAUGAUCUUGACACGGGCAUACAACUUCUUCGCGAAGCCGUGUCUCUGUGCCCCGAGGGACAUGCUGAUUGUGUUACCUGCCAGAACAAGUUGGCCGUUUCACUCGUGUCUCGCUUUGAUCACCAAGGCAAACCUAAUGACCUCGAUGAGGCCAUCUAUUUGCACGAAGAAGCACUGCGCCUGUGCCCUGUUGGGCAUAAAGAUCGUGAUUACUCAUUAAACUCCCUAGGGGGCUCUCUCAUCGCCCGUUUCAAGAAACGCGACGACAUUGAUAACAUUACCCGAGCUAUCAACCUCUAUUGCGAAGCACUGACGUUGCGCCCACCUGGGCAUCCACGUCAUGAAGUCACGCUCAACAACCUUGCCCUCGCGCUCAAAGCCAGACAUGUCAAAUCGCAAGUCAGCGAGGACUUUAACGAGGCCAUUGAUCGGUGUCGUGAAUGCCUUCAGUUAAGUCGGCUUGACCAUCCAGGGCGCCAUGCAAUACUUUGCAAUCUGAGCGCAGCGCUCUGCUCUCGUUUCACGCAAACUCAGAACAAUGAAGAUGUCGAGGAGGCCAUUACUCUUUGCCAACAAUCAUUGGAGGCUUUGCAUUCACUGCACCCAAAUACAUACUACUGUUAUUUAAGGCUACAGGAAGCCUAUAUGUCUCGUUACCACGUGCAGUACAAGCCUACCGAUCUAGCACUUGCAGUGGACAACUUCAGACUCGCAUCACGACAUCCCACUCAUGGCCUUCCAAGCCGCAUUAUUCAGGCAUGUCAGUGGGCUGUUGCAGCAGAGCGACAUGAUCAUGGAUCCGCACUGGAGGCCUACUCGACAUUUUUGGAACUUCUGGAUGCUCAUUUGGCAACACGAUCAUCGGCGACUUCACGGCGCGAAGCUGCCUCUGCCUUUCAUUAUGCCAGAUCACUGCCUGUAGAUGCAGCCUCAUGUGCUAUACGUCUUGAUAAUCUACCACGAGCAAUUGAACUUGUGGAGCAGGGCCGUGGCCAGCAGUGGUCGCUGGCUUCUCGACUCAGGACUCCAGUUGAAGACCUCGAGUCAGCAAAACCGACACUGGCGCGCAAUUAUUUGGAGCUGAGCAAGCUCAUUUCCAAUGCAUCUCAGAGUUCUGCGACCAUCUCUGACAGAGCUGCUGCUGAUCAAGCAACAACAGAUUAUAGGAGACUUACAAGGCAAUGGAAAGCAGCGGAAGAUCUGCAAGCGGCAGCGCGCCAGGGCCCGGUCAUCAUCCUCAUUGCAAGCCAAUACUCAUGCAGCGCCAUCAUCGUCCCCACAUCAGGAGACCCCCAUCACGUUCCUUUGCCGUCUGUCACCCUCGCAGAUCUGACCAAUCUCAAGGAUCGCUUCGCCAGGGCAAUACGAGAAGCAUCUCGGAUGAACCCAGGGGAGUCGAGGACGGAUCUCAUAGUGCUCUCGCGGAUAAUAUGGGACCAGAUCAUGCUACCCAUCGUCAACGUACUCGAGCACGUCCUCAAACUGAAGCGCCGCUCUCGAAUCUGGCUGUGUCCCACUGCAGCUUUCACGUCCAUUCCUCUUCAUGCAGCUCACCUGUUUCAAACAAAGGCGGAUCGUUCUGGGAAGGAGCCAUGCCUGGAAGAUCUCUACAUCUGCUCUUACACGCCGACACUUUCCGCUCUGAUCAGAUCCAGACAGUUGAUGAAGAAGCGCGCGCCUCCGUCCUUUGUGGCGAUCGGACAGGGUCAACCGGGUGCAGGAAAGGGCAAGGCGCUCUUGGCCGUCGACAGCGAGCUCGGGCUCGUCCAUAAGCUCGUCCCUGCGACGGCCAACCGCACCACUAUUUUUGGCGACGAAGCCACACGAGCAGGUGCACUCUCAGCUUUGCAGCAGAACACCUGGGUGCACCUUGCUUGUCAUGGCAAGCAGGAUCCUAAGCAGCCCUACGAUUCCCAUUUCGUCAUGAGAGACGAACAUUUGACGCUGCUCGAUAUCAUGGAGAGACAUGUUCCGCAGGCCGAGUUCGCGUUCUUAUCGGCCUGUCAUACUGCCGUCGGCGACGAGGAGACGCCCGACGAAGUGAUUCACCUCGCAGCUGGUCUCCAGUUUUCAGGGUUCAAGAGCGUCGUUGGCACGCUGUGGGAGGUCGACGACUCUGUCGCAAAACACGUCGUCGAAGCUUUCUACACGUACAUGUUCAGAGAUUUGAAGGAUGGUGGUGUCAUGGACUGCACGAAGGCAGCCUGGGCACUCAACUGUGCUACGCACUCGGUGAAAACGAAAGUGCCGCUCGAGCAGAGGAUGGUUUUUGUUCAUAUUGUGGGUAUCUCGUCAAACUUGUGGAAUCACGCCUUACCCAGGACAACAACCCUGCAACAGGAAUUCGCUCCUCCCGUAACGCCAUACAUGCACAAGGCUUCUCGAUUUUUUCAGUAUCUACCGGUAGUUUAUCAGAAUCGUUAGGUAGUAAGACAAACCCUCUUAGGUUUCUGGGGCCUUUACCCAAUAAAGAUAGUUGCAAGCCUGGAGAAUAUUUGUGCACUUAGG